UUUUUGUGAAUGGUAAGGCGGUACCUGGGACACAUGACAGAUCCCAGAAGCCGCCGGACCAAUCACAAAGCGCAAGUGCUUCUCGCUCAUGCGCACUGGGCACCCGGCUGUCAUGCCGAGCGCCAUUACAGAAGCCGGGAAGACAGCGCGCGGCUGGAUAGAGGAACAGGUAAGCUCAAACAAAAACUCUGCGGAAGUAAGAGCGGGUACCUGUCAUUCAGGUACCCGCUCCCCACCUCCCCAAAGGUCAGCAGUCAUCUGUACUGUCCGCAGUCUCUGGUCAUCCCUGUGCUGUCCGCAGUCUCUGGUCAUCCCUGUGCUGUCCGCAGUCUCUGGUCAUCGCUGUGCUGUCCGCAGUCUCUGGUC